AUGGCCAAAGAAACGGCCUCGUCCCCGACCGCAGGCACGCCGCCAACCGCCGCGCUCAAGAGGACAACCUCCAGUACCCAAAAUAUGAAAAGCCAGAAAUCGAUUCUGGGCUUCUUUCGGAAAUCGUCCCCUGCUACUCCAUCCAACAACCGCACUCGUGAACCUGCGUCUUCCCCGGCACAGAGAGCCGCUGAGACUCGUGGGAGCGCGCUGAAGCCGACACCGAAGGAGGGAAAGCGGAGCUUCUCAAGCUUCGCUCAGGAUCUGACUCCUAUUCCGAGCAGUGAUAUUCCCGUGCCGGAUGAGGAGGAUGGAAAUGUGGAUGAAGUGAAGACCACCCAACGUGAGGCACCUGACUCCACAAUGUCUCCUUCGCGCAGAGGAAAGAAGAAGAUUAGCUACCAGGAGUCGGACUCCGAGGGAGAAGAUGACGAUGAUGUGAUCUUCAAACCCGGCCGCCGAGACAGAACUGGUGGACGUGCAGCCAAGCGGAGAAAGACAUCACCAGAGAGUGAGGAUGAGUUCCAAGAGGGUGCAGAGGAUGUGGGAUAUUCCGACGACGCUGACAUGGAUAUGGGUAUAGAAAUGGACGACUUCGUGGUUGCAGAUGAUUCGGACGAGGAAGUCGUAUCCUCAAAGAAGCGCAAAAGACCCUCGACCCAACCGGCUCGAAAGCCAGCAGCCAAACAAUCAUCCGCUACAGCACCAGCGCCCCCCUCCCCAGUCGAUGAUCUCGAUGUUGAAAUUCCUGAGGGGACAUCUGGGACAGCGAAAAAGUGGACUUUUGAUCCGGAGAACAAAGAACCGCGCAAGGAACGUGAAGUCGUUGAAACCAAGAAACCGUCUAACCCGAAGAAGGAAAAGGCACACAUGAAGGAUCCAGACCAGCGAUAUUCAUGGCUUGCCACUAUCAAGGAUAUUGAUGGAAACCCGAAGGGUCAUCCUGAUUACGAUCCCCGUACGAUCUAUAUCCCGCCGCUGGCUUGGUCGCGAUUCUCUCCAUUUGAAAAGCAGUACUGGGAGAUCAAGCAGAAGUUCUGGGAUACCGUGGUUUUCUUCAAGAAGGGAAAAUUCUAUGAGCUUUACGAAAACGAUGCCACCAUUGGACACCAGCUAUUUGAUCUCAAGCUCACUGACCGCGUGAACAUGCGCAUGGUCGGUGUGCCCGAGAUGAGUUUGGACCACUGGGCCAACCAAUUCGUGGCCAAGGGCUUCAAGAUCGCUCGUGUUGACCAAUCCGAAUCUGCCCUGGGCAAAGAAAUGCGUGAACGUGAUGGCAAGAAGCCCGGAAAGGAAGAUAAGAUCAUCAAGCGAGAACUUGCUAGUGUCCUCACGGCCGGUACCCUUGUGGAGGGUUCCAUGCUUCAAGAUGACAUGUCUACCUACUGUGUUUCUAUCAAGGAGGCUAUCAUCGAUGACCUGCCUGCAUUCGGAAUCUCCUUUGUUGACACUGCAACAGGUCAGUUCUUCUUGUCUGAGUUUGUGGAUGAUGUCGACAUGACAAAAUUCGAGACUUUUGUCGCUCAGACUCGGCCGCAGGAGCUGUUGCUAGAAAAGGGCUGUGUUUCUCAGAAGGUUAUGCGCAUUCUGAAGAACAACACUGGACCCACGACCAUUUGGAACAUGAUGAAAUCUGGCAAAGAGUUCUGGGAAUCAGAUAUCACAAUUCGAGAGCUUGAGGCCAGUGACUAUUUUGUCUCCGAAAAUGAUGAAAAUAUCACAGCCUGGCCAGAGGUUCUGCGCCAAGCACGCGAAAAGGAGCUCUUGAUGUGUGCAUUCGGCGCCUUGGUCUCAUAUCUGCGUCUGUUGAAGAUCGAGCGGGACUUGAUCACUAUUGGCAACUUCACAUGGUAUGAUCCCAUCAAGAAGGCAACGAGUCUUGUGCUGGAUGGUCAGACUCUGAUCAACAUGGAGAUCUUCGCCAACUCGUUUGACGGUGGUUCAGAGGGAACUCUGUUCCAGCUCCUCAACCGCUGCAUUACGCCCUUCGGCAAGCGAAUGUUCAAGCAGUGGGUUUGUCAUCCCUUGGUUGAUGCAAAGAAGAUCAACGCAAGACUCGAUGCUGUUGAUUCAUUGAACGCCGAUCCCAGCAUUCGAGACCAGUUCUCUUCUCAGUUGACAAAGAUGCCGGAUCUGGAACGACUGAUCUCUCGUAUUCAUGCUGGCAACUGUAAGGCUGCCGACUUUGUUCGUGUCCUAGAGGGCUUUGAACAAAUUGAUUACACUAUGGGCCUGCUCAAGGAGAACGGCUCGACCUCCACCGAAGAAGGCAUUAUUGGGCAGUUGACAAACGCAAUGCCCGAUUUGGCUUCCCUCUUAGGAUAUUGGAAAACUGCCUUUGACCGCCCCAAGGCGAAGGAGAAUGGAAUUCUUGUCCCGGAAUCUGGGGUCGAAGGAGACUUCGAUGACUCUCAGGGGGUUAUUGAGCAGCUGCACAAGGAUCUCGACAACCUCUUGAAGAAAGCCCGCCGUGAUUUGGGAUCUUCUGCUAUCUGCUUCCGCGACAACGGCAAGGAAAUUUAUCAACUGGAAGUUCCAAUCAAGGUGAAGAACAUCCCCAAGGAUUGGAACCAAAUGUCUGCAACCAAGCAGGUCAAGCGAUACUACUUCCCUGAGCUUCGAAGCCUCAUUCGCAAGUUGCAAGAGGCCCAGGAAACUCACGGCCAAAUUGUCAAGGAGGUCGCCGGACGAUUCCACGCUCGUUUCGACGAGCACUACAGCACUUGGCUGGCUGCUGUCAAGAUCGUUUCCCAACUUGACUGUCUGAUCAGUUUAGCUAAAGCUUCCGCGUCUCUUGGCCAUCCCAGCUGCCGGCCAACCUUUGUGGACGAUGAGCGAAGUGUUCUGGAGUUUGAAGAGCUUCGUCACCCGUGUCUCUUGUCCUCUGUCGAGGACUUCAUUCCCAAUGACAUUCAGCUCGGUGGCAAGCAUGCCAGCAUUGAUUUGCUGACAGGUGCCAAUGCUGCCGGAAAGUCCACCGUGCUCCGCAUGACCUGUGUUGCUGUGAUCAUGGCCCAGAUCGGUUGUUACCUCCCCUGUCAGUCUGCUCGCCUGACUCCCGUUGACCGAAUUAUGUCCCGACUCGGUGCAAACGACAACAUCUUCGCCGCUCAAUCUACAUUCUUCGUCGAAUUGUCCGAGACCAAGAAGAUCCUUUCUGAAGCUACACCCCGCUCUCUGGUUAUUCUCGACGAACUUGGCCGAGGAACUAGCUCUUACGACGGUGUUGCCGUAGCCCAGGCUGUACUCCAUCAUAUUGCCACCCACAUCGGCGCCUUGGGCUUCUUUGCCACGCAUUACCACUCCUUAGCCGCCGAAUUCGAGAACCACCCCGAAAUUGCACCCAAGCGCAUGGCCAUCCACGUCGACGAUGCCGAGCGCCGCAUCGCCUUCCUUUACAAACUGGAGAAUGGUGUCGCAGAGGGCAGCUUCGGUAUGCACUGCGCAUCCAUGUGCGGAAUUCCAAGCAAGGUCAUCGAAUGUGCCGAAGACGCCGCCAAGCAAUGGGAACAUACCAGCCGCCUGAAGGAGAGCCUUGAGCGCCAGAAAGGCGGUGGCUAUGUUGGUCUUGGCUGGUGGAGUGACGUUGCUUGGGCAUUGCGCGAGUCUGUCACUGAAGAAGACUCCAAUGCUGGCGAUAUCUCGGAUCGUGGUUUGGAUGUGUUGCUGAAAGCUAUUGAGGCUUUGUAA